AUUUUGGUUUUAGAUGUUAGAGAUGGAGGAAACCAAGCAGAAAAAGUGUGGAGGAGAUGAACAGCCUGAUUUGGAACGAAUUUUUGACAAGACAUUUAAAUUUCAACACCCUAGUGAUACACCUGAGUUGGUGGAGAAUGCUGGGUUGUCGAAUUAUAAGAUUAAGGUAUCAAAACAAAAGUGAAUGCAUUAUGCUGGGUUGCUAUCGAAGAUGAUUCAUGGAAUUGAUGAAUUAAAAUAAUUCUUUGCUUGGAAAACUGCUAAUUAAAAUCCUUCUAUCAUAUAAUACCUCUUUAACUGAAUUCGAACAGAACAUUCUACAAAAUAUGAAGAAGGAAGAAUCCAGGUGCAUAGAUCCUCCCAAAAUUGAAUUGAAUAUGUCAGAAUCUUCUCAAGAGAUGCCUAACGAAUUUAUGGUUUCCACUCCUAAUAAAUAAGGAGCAGUUCAUCAGUAGAAUUAUCUACGAAGAUUCUGUAAAAGGCUCGAAGACAGAGAGGAAAAGAACUGAUAAUGUUGACACAGAAUACCUGGAAGCUCUCAAGUCUCGAAAGAAAAUCAUGGCUCUCAAGGGCUCCGAUGCUGGCAGUGAUCUUAAAUAAGAUCUACGCUGAUCUUCGAGACCAGAUACCCUACUUAGACUUAGAAAAAGAUGAUGACUUCUUUGAUGAACACCAAGAAAUAAUAGAUAGCUUUAAAGUUUCAGGGGAUGAAUUCCAGUGGAAUCAUGAAGAAAAUGUCAGAAAAUAUAUCGAAAACUUAAAGAAAGCUUUAAAGACUCAUACCCAAAAAUAAGAUGACAAAUGCAGAGGUCCAGACCUCUGACAAGUUUGUGCAUAUAUCCGAGCUCAAGAAGUUGAACAAAGAAAUUACCCGAUAUAAACAAGAGAUUACCGAUCAGCAAGUUGAGUUGCGAAGAUUCAGCACUAAGAAAAAUGAAACUGACUUCAUGGUUUAUCGACUUGAAGAGGAAAAAGCUACACUGAGUGACAAAGUAGAGGAACUUCGAGUGAUUCUUAACGCAAUGAAAAUUGAAAAAUCUACCAUGAUGGAUAAGUUCAUUGCGAUUGAGAAAGUCAUGAGGAUGAUCAAGGAUACCGACCUUAAUGGAUACAGAAGAUUGAUAGUGGAAGUUUGUAAAAAUGAAUCAAGUGAUGACCGUAGAGAAUACUUUUCAACUAAAGCUAAAGAAGAAGGCAUUAAAUAUAAAGAUCCUUACAAAUAAAUUAAUGAAAAGGCUUAAAGAGGAUACUGAGAUAAGAGUCAUUGUCAAGGAGGAGAAACCUCUAAUGAUGAACAAAAGGUUACAGACGAGAGAUGCUCCUACAAUGACCAAUUUUACACAAACUCCAACUAUCAAGACAGGCAUCAAGACAAGAAGAUUUGAGAGAGAAAGUAGCUGAAGUCUUUCAAAAAUAGUGAGGCAGACAUCCAUCGUCCCUCAAACUUAUAGAGGUGGAGGUUUUCUACACUACUCUAGAUCGAUAGAGACAGAUGAGGUAAUUUCUCCUGCUCUGAAGCCCUCUUAUGAAGAUCAUCAAUGAUUGGCUCAAAAUUCUAAACCAUCAGGCCAGCUAAUUUUGAACCAUCCUAAAAUGAAAGGAGAUAAUAUGAUAAAAUUGAUUAAACACAGUGGAAGCUUCAAGAAAAUGCCAGUAAAAGCUAGGAGGAUCCCUGGAGAUCUCAAGCAUAUAAAUAGUAUGAAGACCCCUGAAGUACGAAUGGGUCCAGGAACAUUUUACUCUCUAUUUUCCAAAGAAUCUUUUCAAGGUGAAGAUUGUGAUCAAAUCAUUGAUAGUCUGGGCUCAUCUCAUGAGUCGAGCAAUAUUCAAAUAGAUAAAUACUACACUAUCGACAAAGAGAAAGAUAGUAAUAUUAUUAAGCAUGAAGAUCCGAGUAAGAUCAUCACUUGCUUCAGAAAGGAAACUUCCCGCCCAACCACUGCUAGAGCAGUCAUUCUUAAGAAUAGAAAAAGGAGUAGAAAAAGGCCAUUUCAUAGUAAAAAGAGAAAGCUGUGUAAAACAAAGAGGGCUUAA